CACGUUGUUUUGGUCGCAGCCGGCCGCGUGGUGUUCAAGCAGAAAGAUAAAACAGAGAAUUCAGAAUCCACGGCCACGAUGACCGACUCUGUGGAAAUAGCCAUCACGAGCGACGCCUCGGAACAGCUGUGGAGUAGCUGCGCCUGGGACGUGCACACCGGAACGCAACUAAUGACGUACAGAAGCGGCGGUGCCCCCGCACCGAAAACGGUGACUAUCGUCAAGGAUCGCUAUCUGGUGAGCAGCAACCCGGCCAAACCAUUGCUAGGCGUAUGGCCGAUCAACCGACAGGAACCCGUAAGCUCCAAGUACCUACUGCCGGCCUGCCCGAAUGCCCUGUGCGUUACACCGGAUGGCAAUUACGCUGCCGUUGGUAUCGCGCAGUCUUUCAAGGUGUACAACCUGGGUACCGGCGUCAAUCUGUGCACCGUAUCGCACCAUUACGGUAACAUUGUGGCCUUAAAGUUCACCGACGAUGGAUCACACCUCGUGUCCGCCGCCCAGGAUUGUCGUAUCGCCGUCUGGAGUCUGACCAGGCUCGUGCAGCAGAAGGACGCCGAAGCGUUGUACGAGUUUUCGGACUUUACCCUGCCGAUCACGGAUCUGUUCGUUGGCAAGGGAGGCAUGCGAGCGAUGAUGGGUGCUACCUCGCUGGAUCGCUCCUGCAAGCUGUACGAUUUGGCCUCGGGCCAGCUUACGCUGAACGUCGUCUUCCCCGUAGCCCUGUCUGCGCUCACGAUCAACAGCAUGGAAACGACGCUGUUUGUGGGCGACCAGAAGGGACAGAUCUACGUGUGCCACCUGCUAUCGUUGCCUCGCUCGAAGGAGGUGCAUCUGUCGCAGCCAAUGUUAAACGAGAGCACACUGAGUGGCCACAAGAAGGCCAUCACCUGUCUUUCCGUCUCGAUCGAUAACGAAACGUUGCUCUCGGGAAGUGAAGACGAACGGGUGGUCGUAUGGCACAUUCCAACACGCCAGCUGCUCCGGGUCCUGCCGCACAAAGGGGCCAUAACGAAUGCGUUCUUCCUGCUCACGCCCCGGCUUAUGUUCGACCAGACGGUCACACUUCCCGUGCCCUUCCCACCGAUCCAGAAUAUGACCGGCAAGAAGGUGGAAAGGGAAGAGAUGGUCUACGAGUGCCUGGUAACGGAGGAACCCGUACGACCAGAAGUGGAGCGUAACAAGGAUUGCCAUUGGAUUGAAAUGGCUGCCCGAAUGGUUGCAAACGCUCCCUCCGCUACCACCAAGAAGCAGCAGGCGGCCAGCUCGGUGCUAAGCAACAGUGACGAAUCGUGCAUCGAACGGCUGAGUAAGGAGGUCGCCAAGUUGAAGAAAAUCAAUAAGCGAAUGUACGAAAAGUGUACCUCGGUGAAAUAAAACCACAAAAGCGCUGAACCAUCUUCAAUCGUUUUUCUGUAUC